GCGGCAGCGCCAGCGCCCGCCCUUUUUUUUUGUUGUCAUGGCGGUAGCAGUCACUAGUUGCAGUUUCUCCGUCUUCACCUCCACCUUCAAACUCCAUGGCUCCUCCUCCUCCUGUUGUCAGUCAAGGCUCGCUUCCCGGCCGUCAUCCAUUGGCGUCGUAGCUCGUAAAUCUAUGAAUCCUAAAUGCAAUUUUAAGAGAGGUUCAUCGUCUUCCCAUUGUAAAUCAGAUUCUGAGAAAGAUUCUGCAUGCUAUAAGAAAUCUCGAAGAAGAUCAAAGGAUGAUGGAAUCAGUGGUACAGCGUUUAAAUCAUUUGGGACGCAAAGAAAAGAGAAGAAGGAGUUUCAGUUUGAUUCAAGAGAGCAGCAGGUUGAACCAGGAGAUCUUCAGGAUGCUGCUUUCCUUAAUGCUGUUGUUAAGGUUUACUGCACUCAUACUGAACCUGAUUAUUCUCUUCCUUGGCAAAGGCAAAGGCAAUAUACAAGCACUGGAAGUGCUUUUAUGAUUGGGGAUAGGAAGCUUUUAACCAAUGCACAUUGUGUGGAACAUGGUACACAGGUUAAAGUGAAGAGAAGGGGAGAUGAUAGUAAAUAUGUGGCUAAGGUUUUAGCCAGAGGUGUUGAUUGUGAUAUAGCUUUGCUUUCAGUUGAGAGUGAGGAAUUUUGGAAAGGGACUGAACCACUACAGUUUGGACGCUUGCCCCAUCUUCAGGAUGCAGUAACUGUUGUAGGAUACCCCCUUGGAGGAGAUACCAUUUCAGUGACAAAGGGAGUUGUAUCACGCAUAGAGGUUACAUCAUAUGCUCAUGGUUCAUCUGACUUGUUGGGCAUUCAAAUUGAUGCAGCUAUAAACCCUGGUAAUAGCGGUGGUCCUGCAUUCAAUGAGCAAGGAGAGUGCAUUGGGGUGGCAUUUCAGGUUUACAGGUCUGAAGAGGCAGAAAAUAUUGGAUAUGUGAUCCCAACUACAGUUGUAUCUCAUUUUCUGGAUGACUAUGAGCGGAAUGGGAAGUAUACUGGUUUUCCUAGCCUUGGCGUAUUGCUCCAGAAGUUAGAGAAUCCAGCACUUCGUGCUUGCUUGAAAGUACAGUCAAAUGAGGGUGUGCUUGUCCGAAGAGUUGAACCUACUUCUGAUGCAAAUAUUGUUUUGAAGGAGGGGGAUGUGAUUGUGAGCUUUGAUAAUGUUCGUGUAGGGUGUGAAGGAACAGUGCCUUUCCGAUCAAAUGAGCGCAUUGCAUUCCGCUACCUCAUCAGUCAAAAAUUUCCAGGUGACGUAGCUGAGCUUGGUAUUAUUAGAGCAGGCAAAUUCAUGCAAGUUCAAGUAGUUUUAAAUCCCCGAGUACAUUUGGUGCCCUAUCAUAUUGAUGAUCAGCCUUCUUAUCUGAUCAUUGCGGGUUUGGUGUUUACUCCACUCUCAGAACCACUCAUAGAGGAGGAAUGUGAGGACUCCAUAGGGUUGAAGUUACUAGCCAAGGCACGGUACUCUUUGGCAAGAUUCAAAGGGGAGCAAAUUGUGAUAUUAUCACAGGUAUUGGCAAAUGAAGUGAACAUUGGAUAUGAGGAUAUGGGCAAUCAGCAGGUUUUGAAGUUCAAUGGAACUCAAAUAAAAAACAUUCACCACCUAGCACACCUUGUGGAUUCCUGUAAGGACCAAUAUCUGGUUUUUGAGUUUGAAGAGAAAUAUGUUGCUGUUUUGGAGAGAGAAGCAGCUAGUGCUGCCUCAUCCUGUGUACUUAAAGAUUAUGGGAUUCAGUCUGAAAGAUCCCCUGAUCUUUUGAAGCCAUAUGUUGACCUGGGGGACAACCAGGCAAUGGAGCAAGAUUUUGGUGAUACUCCAAUUUCAAACUUCGAAGUUGGCUUUGAUGGAUUGCUUUGGGCAUGACUGGUGAAUGUUGAGAAUUCAGUCUAAUUUUCUUAGCCAUGACACAUAGUUUACAACUUUCAGGCCGCUGAUUCUAAGACAUCAUAGCUUCCAUGAGCCACAACCCCACCACUUUCAGCCUUUUACAUAGUCAACCACAGCCAGGUUUUGCAAUUUAAUUUAACUGUUUUUCGAAAUCUAUGAUUCAAUUAGGGGAUGAAUGAUUUUGUGAAUAAUUAUUGAUCUUCCCCAUGCUUUCCUAUGCCAUGAUGCAUCUCUUUCCGUUCAGUUAGGGAACAUACCAAAAUCUAUUCAAUGAGGGAUGAUCAUGUGCAGUAGGCCUUGGUUAACCUUGAUUGUAUGUGUUCUGAUAACCAUAAAUGAUAAAAAUAAAACCUCUUCGGCUUCAAAAGUUGAAGCGAGGCCAAACACAAUUUUCUGAAAAGGUCUUGUAUCAAUUUAUUCAAUUAUGGAAGGAUGAUUCUACACUCAAAUCAAAGGGAAAGACGGUG